CGAUAAAAUUCAUGUGCGGUGUUAAACGUCAAGUUCUUAUUGUUUAAUUACGAGAAAAAAUAUAUAUUUUUUAAGUGGAUUUUAUUUAAUUUUCUUGAGUUUUUCAUUCUUAUCUACGAUUUGCAUUUUCAUUCAAUUAUAUGAAAAUAGUAUUUUAAUUAUUCUUUUCAAAGAAAUCAUUUCAUAUUUACAAUUUUUGGUUAAUGUGAAGCCGUGUUUGUGUGUGUAUUAUUUUUUUUAAGUGGAAAAAGAGCUAAAAAAUAGAACAGCAAAUAUUGUUAUUUGUUGUUAAAAAUAAAAUUGAAUUAAUCAAAGUUUUGUCAAUCACUGCCUGCCCAUCUUACACUCCGUGCAGAAGAGAUCAAAACCAAACAUAAAAUAUAUGUGUACAUAAAUUGACAACAUCAAAUCUGAUUGACAUCCUCCUAAUUGAAUUAAAUUACUUUUAUAAUCGUUAAAAAAGAAAUCAAUUUUGAAACAGACAUAUCAAGAUACUGAUGUCAAGACUGUCAAAUCUAUUGCUGAAAAUUUUACAAUUUUGAAAAAAUUAUAUAAACAAUAACAACAACAACAACAAUUCCAUCCAAUUGAAAACGUCAAUAUUAAACUUUAUAUACAAAACUCAACAUAAAACAAUAGAAAUAUUAUUGAAAAAUAUCUAUUUUAUGGUCGACUUAUUAAAUAAACAUUGUUUUUGUUGUUGCCACACAAAAACAAACAAUAAUAUUAUUAUUAGAAUAACAAAUCAUAUAUACAACAUACAAUAAUACAACUACAUACAUCACUACCUACAUGAUACAUAUUUACUAAACGAUUGUUCGUUGUCUUUGUAAAUUAUUAUUAUUAUUAAUAAUAAUAUUGACUAAACAAUAAAAAGGAAAGAGAAAAAGCAAGCAGACAAGACGGAUAUUUAGUAAAGGAGAAAAAAAUAAACAAGAAAAACUAUUCUUCAAAUUUCAAUCAUGGCAUAUUGCAAUGCUUGAACGUUUCCGUUUAUGUAAUUUAAGUCGUCACUGUCGUUUACGAUCUACAGAACUGGCUCGAGAUAAGAAACAAAGACAACAAUGUGUUACAAUACUAUUUCUCGAUGACACUACCCAAACCUUUCGGAUAGAGAAACGUGCCAAAGGUGGCGAUUUACUUGAACAAGUAUAUCAGUUUCUAGAACUAUCCGAAAGGGAUUAUUUUGGUUUAUUAUUUCCCACAAAACCUGGCGAUGUUGUGCGAUGGGUUGAUGCACAAAAACCAUUUAAAAAACAAUGCAAUAGUAUUGCAUGGGAUAAUGACACCGUUCCAUUAUUAGAAUUUAGAGUUAAGUUUUAUGUAAGUGAUCCCAGCCGUUUACAAGAAGAAUAUACACGUUAUCAAUUUUAUUUGCAAAUAAAACGUAACAUUUUAUUGGGCAAACUGCCAUGUUCAAUUAAUACACAAUGUCUCUUAGCUAGUUAUACUGUGCAAUCUGAACUAGGUGAUUUCAAUCCUAUAGAACAUCAACCGGGCUACUUAAGUAAUUUACAAUUAUUAGCCGAUCAAUCAUCAGAUGCUGAACGUAAAAUAUCGGAAUUACAUAAAUUACAUCGUGGUCAGUUGCCAGCUGAUGCUGAAUAUAAUUAUUUGGAACAUGCUAAAAGACUUGAUUUAUAUGGCAUUGAUUUGCAUAAAGCCAUGGAUUCCAAUGGCAAAGAUUUACAAUUGGGUGUUUCUGCUAUAGGUCUUUUAGUUUUUCAAAACUCUUUACGUAUUAAUACCUUUUCUUGGUCCAAAAUGGUUAAGGUUUCAUUUAAACGUAAAGAUUUUUUUAUACAACUACGUCGAGAACCGUCGGAAAGCUAUGACACUUUAUUGGGUUUUAGUAUGAAUUCUCAUAAACAUGCCAAGGCUUUGUGGAAAUCUUGUGUAGAGCAUCAUUCAUUCUUCCGCCUAAAGAGACCUCAUCGUCUUUCGCGCUUCCUUAAUUUAAGUUUAGGAUCAAAUAGAUUCUAUUAUUCUGGACGCACCGAGCUUCAAGCUGUACAAGAAUCAAAGCAACGUGCUAAAAUCCAUAAAGCUUUUGUUCGUUCUCCCAGUAAACGUUUAAUAACUAUUGGACCGGGUGGUACUACAACAUCACCAUUGGCUAAUGGUGGCAGUGGAUCCGAUAGCAAUGGUAGUGUUUCACAUAAUGGUAAAACUCCGUCCGCAAUAGCUGCUGCACACACGUCCAUUUUAACCAUAACAAAAACUAGCCGUCCUCAUCAUGACAAUAAGGUUACGUCCAAACAAUUGGAUUCAAUGCCACGCAAAGCUUGGGAGCAACACAGCGAUGAAUAUGAUAUACAACUUGAUACCGGCUAUAUUGAACAGUGCAGUCGACGUUUCGAGUCUCCAGUUCCGGCAUAUAGUACAGGUUCCCACAGUCCCAAUGGCACGCAAAUGGGUGCAGCUAUAACCACCUAUAUUAAUGGCUGUUCAACAGCACCUGAAAGUGGCAGUGAUUUGAUAACCAUACGUUUGUUGGCCGAUGAACAUGGACGUUUUGGCUUCAAUGUUAAGGGAGGCAUUGAUUUAAGUUUACCAGUACAAGUAUCAAAAGUUGUACCUAAUACUCCAGCCGAUCGCUGUACGCCUCAAGUACGUGAAGGCGAUGAAGUUGUUCUUAUAAAUGGCCGAGAGGUACAUGGUCUGAAGCACGAACAAGUUGUAAGCAUGAUAAAAGAAUGUCGUACGACCCGCAAUGGUGAGCUAUUGCUGACCAUGAGACCUGGGGGUAGGGCUGCUGCUUUCACCGAAGAAGAGGAGCCACUGUAUCAAUAUGUGCCAGAGAAUGAUGAAAUCGGCUCACAUUCAAAUCUCUUAGAUGGUGAUGCUUUAUUCACUCAAAGUCUUUUGUUAUUAAGUGAUGGUUUGGCUUCCGGUGCCUUGUUGGCCCAAUAUGAAUUGAUGUAUCGUAAAAAUCCCGAUUUACUUAUAACGGAAGCUCGCAAACCGGAAAAUAUUGCUAAAAAUCGUUAUCGUGACAUAUCGCCAUAUGAUUGCACUCGUGUAUCUCUUGUAAAUUGCUCAAGUGGUGAUUACAUCAAUGCCAAUUAUGUUAAUAUGGAAAUACCGGGUGGCAUCAAUCGUUAUAUAGCCACCCAGGGACCAUUGGCCACUACCACCGCCGACUUUUGGCGCAUGGUUCAACAGGAAAGUAGCCAUUUGGUGGUAAUGCUUACAACUGUUAUGGAAGCGGGUCGACAGAAAUGUCAUCAAUAUUGGCCAGUAACGGGUGAAGAACUUCAAUUGGGAGAGGGUUUCUCGGUAAAAUGUCUUAGCGAGAAACCCGAUGAGACUGGUAGUUUUGUAUUUAGGGAAUUUUUAUUAUGCGAUAAGCGUACCGGUGAACAGCGUCAUAUACAACACAUGCAAUAUCUUGCCUGGCCAGAUCAUUGUGUGCCAGCUGAUCCAAAUUUAUUUUUAGAAUUUGUCGAACGUGUGCGUAAUGCGCGUAAUCGUACGUUAUUGCAGGAGAUUGAAGAGAGUCUCAAGCAGGUGCGUUUGCUAGAUGCAGACGCUGAUGAAAAUGGUGGUCUUAUGAGUGAACGUAAAUGUGCUGCCAGUAAUGGUGUUACACCCGAAGAUGAAACACCAGUUUCUACAAGUGUUCAUCAAUGUAUUAGUGCUGCCAAUCCACCUGUGAUAGUUCAUUGCUCAGCUGGUAUUGGACGUACUGGUGUACUUAUACUUAUGGAUACAGCUCUGGCUUUGAUGGAGGCUCGAGAACCAGUUUAUCCUUUAGAUAUUGUUCGUACAAUGCGUGAUCAGAGAGCGUGUAUGGUGCAAAAUGUGAGCCAAUAUCGUUUUGUGUGUGAAUGUAUCUGUGCUGCUUAUAUGAAAAUGUCACGCAAUAGUGCUUUACUGGCACAAGAAGAUGAUGACGACGAUGAUGUAGAAGAUGACGAAGACAAUGUUGAUUAGAGACAUAAACAAAAUAUGUACUUUAUUAUAAAUUAACUAUUGGUAAUAAUGCACGUGCCUAUCUCUUUAAUUGGAACCACAAUAAUCUAAUACAAAUCUCUCUCUCUCAGACAGACAUACACACACACACACUCUCUCACUCAAACACUAAACCAUAUAUUUAUGACAGUAACUGAAACACGCAUAUGGAAAAUAAAUUAUAUAUACAUAUAGACAUACAAACAUUAUAUAUAUUUUUUAUAUAAAACUUACAGAAAAUGAAAUUUAUAUAAUAAUAAACAACAACAACCAACCAUACAUAAAAGAAAUAUAUGCAUAAUUAAACCUUAUUUAAUUUUAAGAUUCAAAAUAAUUGUAUACGUAUUUUUUCCAAUAAUAAUUACUUCCUCGUUCCCUUCCCACCAAAAAUAUAAUAAUUUUCUUAAAAAAAAAAAAAAUUGUUAUAAUUUUAAUAUUUUUUCAAUUUAUUUUGAAAAUUAUUUUAAAAAUGAUUUAAACAAUUUUCUGCAACGAUUUAAAAAAGCAUUUAAAAUGUCUAUAAAAUUUUGUUUUUAAAAUUUAUAAAAAAAAAACUUUAAACAAAAACUUCAACAAAAAGUUGAAAUUUAUUAAUAUACAAUCAUUGUCAAAUCUCUUCCCUUUAUACACUUUAAUUGAUUAUAUAAUUUUGUAAGUUAAAUUAAAAAAGAAAAAAGUUUUCUUAGCUCAUAAGUUUCCCCCCC